AUGAAGCUCCUUACUCUCACGCAUGUUUCUGCUUUCUCACUCUCUCUGACAGCGGCAAACCCUACCUCACAGUCAACACGAGCUGAAAAGCCACCUUUCUUUCUCCUUGCUGGCGAUAGUACUACGGCAAAGCAGUCCACGGGCGGUGGAGGCUGGGGUGCAGGUUUCCUCAACAAGACGCUCAAGUCUCCAGCAAGUGGCUUGAAUUACGGACACAAUGGUGCAACCACUGUCUCUUUUCGCGAUGGCGGUGAUUGGGACACAGUUCUGAGCCAAGCAUCCUCACAUAUCGACGACUACAAAGUCUUUGUGACUAUUCAAUUCGGCCACAACGACCAGAAAGCGGACAAGGGCAUCAGCAUCGAUGAUUACAAGACCAAUCUGGGUGUGUUCAUCGACGAAGUCCGCGAAGUCGGCGCAGAACCAAUUCUCGUAACGCCAUUGACUCGACGCGGCUUCAGUGGCACUCCGCCCAGGAUCGUGGAGAAUCUGGCUGCGGAACGAAAUGCAACGAUCAAUGUUGCGAAGACAAAGUCGAGCAAGUAUAUUGAUCUCAAUCUGGCGAGUACGACGUAUUGUAAUGCCAUUGGGCCGGAAGCUUCAUGGCAGUAUAAUUUGAUCAAUGCGACUAUCGAUGGCGAUAGGACACAUCUUAACGAUUAUGGUUCUGUCGUUUUUGGAAGAUUGGUUAGUGACUUGCUGGUGGACAAGUAUGGCAAGCAAUUCAAAGAAUGGACUGUGAAGAAUAAGACGCUGAGUGCGCUAUUGGCGAAGGGGAUUGCUGCUUGA